UAUGACAUUAACUAUAUUUAGUUUAGUGAAGAGUUUACAUUCAUAAAUACAUUUAGAUAAAGUGGUUUAAUUCAUAUACAAGAAACAUAGAAAGCAAGAUAUUUAUAAAGCCUGUUGAAGCAUUUUUUCUUCACAGUUUUAGUUAAGGUACUCUGACAUUGAAUAUGUAGAUUGAAACAAGAAAGGCACUCAGUGCUAGUGACAAAGAUGGGAAUGAAAACACCAUGGCAACUGCUGUCUGCUGGUGUUGUCUUGGUACUCUUCACAACAAGCGUCCAAUGCUGUCCAUCUGUCUGUCAAUGUACGACGAGAAAUUUUCAAACAUCAGUGGAUUGUUCCAGAAAAAAUCUGUUCACUAUUCCAGCCACAAUUCCAUAUAACACUACAGACCUAGAUUUAAGUCAUAAUUAUGUACAAGACUUGACCUAUGUCUUUCAAAAUCAAAACAACAAUUCAGAAUUUCUAGGUCUGGAGAAUUUAGAAAUUUUAAAACUGUCUAAUAAUUCCAUAUCAUCAAUCGCAGAAUCUGUGUUCACAAAACUUAUAAUGCUACAUGAACUUGACCUUUCAGACAACAAUAUUGAAGAGAUGAAUGAUAAAACAUUCACUGGACUUCAGAAUCUGACUCAUUUAAAUCUUAGCGGGAACAACAACCUGGAUUUAACGAACAACACAUUCCAAGCACUGAAAUCAUUGGUUGAUCUGGAUCUCAGUAAUACAGACAUUUCUACUGACAAUUUAUGGAUCCCACCGACCGUCAACAUCUUACAUCUUACUGGAAACAACUGGGAUAUUUUCAAUUCUUCAAUCAUCUACAAUUUACAAGAUAUCAAAUUCUUGGAUCUUUCUAAGAACAAUUUAAUGGAUAUUGAGCUCCCACCUUUACCUAGCCUUCAAAUUCUCAACCUAAGCCAAAACAACAUACAUAACUUGUCACGCAAUGCCUUUAGUGCUGUACCGUCUCUUCAUACACUCAUUCUUGAUAGAAACCCAUUCUCCGAAAUAACUGUGCCAGUUUUUCAGAAGUUGUCUCAACUUCAAUAUCUGUCUGUGUCCCACAUGGACAAUUUAGUAUACCUGAACAGGGAGGCCUUCAGGGGACUGCACAGUCUCACAACAUUACAAAUGUCAAAUAAUCACCAGUUGGAAUACAUUCACGUCACAUUGUUUGCUGAUCUAGUCAACGCAAAGAUGAUCAACAUAAGCUAUAACAAUAUUACAGCACUGCAUCCCGUAACAUUCAGUACCAUGACUAAUGUUACAACUGACAUACAGGGUAAUCACCUUCCGUGUGACUGUAGUAUUACAUGGAUCAUCGAACAGGACAAAACUCGUCCAAACGUCAUCAAUAGUCAGGACAUUUCUUGCUACGAAAAUGAUCAAAGGGUUCAGUUAUCCAAGCUUAAUCUGGAAGAACUUGAAGAUCACUGUGGAGAAAUCACUGUGUUGGCAAAUGAAACUGAAUAUCAAAGCCCUAUUGGAGCAUCAGUAAUACUACACUGUGAAUGGACAGGGAACCCAGCUCCACUCAUUUCCUGGGUUACUCCACGGGGUAACAUGUUCAUAUAUUAUCCUAGUCAUUCCUUAGUGUGGGAGUCACACCCUACCAUAGAGGAUGUAAAAGAUAAUGGAUUAUUCCACAUGGAUCACACAUGGCACAAUACUAACUCUUACCAUUCAGAAUUGGUGGGAAACGCAGAUCGCAUUCUUGUGUUGAAUAACGGUGAUCUGUUUAUAGACUAUAUGCUGAGAUCAGAUACAGGAGUUUAUGAAUGCAUCGUGGAAAAUUCAAGAAAUAAGACUUCCAUUGGAAUGAACCUACUUAUUGAUACAAGCAUUCUAACAGAAAUUAAAAUAUGGAGCUUUCUUAUAGGGCUGGCCUGUGCUGCAUCCUUUUUUACGUUGAAUUUGAUCUAUUGUAUCAUUUCUGCUAUAGUUAGAAGGUGCAUCAACCAAAGAAGACGAGAUGCUAUUGUAAAACUUGUGGAGAAUAUGGAUCAAUACAAAAGUGCUCAACUUGCAAGACUCAAGGAGAAUUAUUAUUCACAACUUAAUCGCAUUCGUGAUGGGUAUCAUAAUCAGCUGGAGAGGAUAAGAGACAAUUACACAUCACAAGCAGUGCGUUUCAAGGAAGGGGCUAGCCAGCGUAGGGAGUGGGCCUCCAACAAACUUGAUACAAUACGUGAUAACUACAACAGUCAGGUGACUCGACUGAAAGAUAACAGUGCUCAAAAACUAGAACAUUUGCGCGAUACAUACAACAAUCAACUGUUCAAGAUUCGUGACUAUGGUUCAUCCCAGAUGGCUCGUGUUCAUAAGAAAUAUAAAAUCAAACAGCGACAUGUUUUAAAGCUACUUGAAACAAUGAACUUUGACAAUUGCCGUAUGAUUAUUGAUUCUGAAUGUGUUCGAACAGAAUCAAUGAUAUUUGAAACCAAUCUUAUUCACCCUGACCUCAACCUAAUUACUCCCUCAGAUAGUGAUACUGAGUAUCAAACCGCAAGUUCAACUAAUGAAACACCAACAAAUAGCCAAUUGGACCUCCGCAGAACAGACUAUAUAAAUUUCCUUGCUCCUAGUUCGGAAACUAGUCAACAUGUGGAUAUAGACCUCCAUCAAACAAUGGAAGAUAACUCUUGUCAGUCAAGGGGAGAGAACUUGAUCCAAACAAAUGAAGAAAAUUCUAGUCAAAUGAAAGAAAGUGAUUUCGAUGAUGAUAUAAUUGAGGAAAUGUAUGACAGCUGUAAUGAACUUGAUCAAAUGUUGGAACAAAUCCAAUUAAUUGAUGAAAGUGACGAGGAAUCAGACAACAAAAGUAAUUCUGGAAACAUUGAAACAUGUGUCUGAACUGCUUCAGGAUUUUUUGUUUUGUUUUGUGAAGCAAAAGUGUUAAAUUAGUUGUCUUGGAAUUGUUAUAAAUUUUCAAAUGACAGUCAUUUCACUAGAUAAAAUCAAUUUUCAUUUAUUGAAACAAAUAUUUAUCACAAGGAAAGAUUGCGCAAUGGUGUGGAUCAGUUGGGAUUCGGAAUAAAGUAUUAGUCAGAGUAGUUAAAUUAAUUUAGAAUGUCAAAAAUUAGUUCAUAGCAUUAUGUUGUAUAUUUUUUCUUAUCAAUUCAUUUUGCACUAUUGUGAAGAAUAGAAAUCAUCAUUUUCCCUUCAUUUCCCAGCAUUCAUUGCUCUUUGUUUCUUUCAUUUUUAAAAUAUAAAAAAAAUAACCCAGCAAUAUUUUGUUGUUUAAUAUUUUACAAAACAACUAGAGUCCUCCUAUGUUAAUAUUUUACAAAACAACUAGAGUCCUCCCCUGUUAAAAGUUUGUAUGUGUGAAUGUUUUGUCUUACAGAUGUUAUUAAUUGUUCUACAUGUGUAAUAAAAUGUUAUUCAUUAA